AUGCUGCAGCAGCAACAGCAGCAGCAGCAGCAGCAGCAGCAGACGGAAGCUGCUGCGCUCCCCGUCGCACCUCAGCUGCCCGAGCAGCAGCAGCAGCAGCAGCAGCAGCAGCAGCAGCAGGACACAACUGCAGCAGCAGAUGCUGCAGUGCCUCAAACCCAGGAUAGCUCCAUCGCUCACAGCGAGGAGCAGCAGCAGCAGCAGCAGCAGCAGCCACAAAACGGGACGAAUGCUGAUGCAACAGCAGCACCAGCAGCACCAGCAGCAGACGCAGCUCAAGCUGCAGCAGCAGGUGCAGAUGCAGCUCCAGCAGCAGCAGCAGCAACAGCAGCAGGAGCAGCAGAGCCGAACCCGCAGCCUCCUCCUCCGCCGUCACCCUAA